AGAGCACAUCAUUUAAAUUUGCACAUGUAGCCUUGAGGAUUCCUGGGUUGGGUGUUUCGCUAAUACUUCUACGCGUCUCUGUGUUAAUGUGAUGUGUCAACUUGAAUUGAUACAUAUGCGUACGAAGUUCUGCGUUUCAGCUGACUGACACAAAUCAGAACCUGUAAACCGAACGAGUUACUUGUCUAAAUCAUAAGCCUCCACGACGUAGUACUAUCUAGAAUGACUGACAGUAGUAUUUUCGAUGAAAUCCCUGAGGAAAUAAGCGCUCAGUUAGUAUCUUUCUCAGAAGCUACUGAUGAUGUUGAACAGCUUGUAAACAAAAUUAGUAACUUUCCGAAUGAUUCUAAUAAUGAGAUCAGUGAUUUGGACUCUAUCAAAACGGAUCUGUCUUUAUGCUACACAUUCAAUGCUCUAUUUUUCAUGUAUCUUAGGUGCAGCGGUGUGGAAACUCAAAGCCAUCCUAUUAUGCAGGAGUUGGAUCGUGUAAUGAAUGCAUUGAAAAGAUGUAGAUCGCUAGUAGAGAAAAAAAGUUCUGCACGUUUGAAAUUGGACAAAGAAGCUACAACAAGAUUUGUAAAACAUGCCUUGUGGAAAUCCGCUCAUACUAAGACUAAAAAACGUCGUACGGAUUCAUCUAGUCAACAAUGAUAAUGAUAAUAAUUCUUAAUUGAGAAAACUUUUAUUUUAUUCAUUUUUGUAUAUAUAAAAAUGAACUAGUAAUAAAAUGUUAAUUUUCAUUUUUCCAGGUGCUUUUUUUUUUAAUUUGAAUAAAUGUGCAGUACAAAUGGUGUAAUCAGUACCUUCAAUGUACUAAGAAUCCCACCUUUUUUAUAUUGGUUAGGAGUAUAGCUUGACUGUAAUGAGGUAGUUCCAAUCCUUUAACCUUAUUAAUUUAAAGCUAGUUGUUUGAUUUGAUAAAAUGCAACCCAUUUUAAUUUAAUUACUCAGUAAACAAAAUAUGUAGAUUAAUAAAUUUC